AUGGUGUUUCUCCCCAUCUCGGCCUCGCUUCUGGGCCUCGCAGCUUCGGCUUCGGGCUUGAGCUUCGAUGUUCCCGCAUCCCCGCCUUCAACGGCAAGUGGGCAGAUCUCUAAGGCUCCAGUUGGUGUAUCUCUGGAGUUCUUCACGUUCCCUGGUUAUAUUAAAGACGUCAAAUCAACGAUGAGAUGUCUAGAAAACCUGAAGGAUCUGACUGGAACAUGGCCCCCUAUAAGAAUUGGAGGCACAACUCAAGACCGUGCAACGUACGAUAGCUCGUCCACAGAGGAUGUCACUUAUACAGUGGCCAGCCCAGCUGAUGCGCCUAUGAAUCUAACUUACGGACCAUCAUUCAUCUCGUUGGCAGCAACCUAUGCUGGAAAGGUCACACUGGGAUUGAAUCGCCGUUUGAAUGAUAUUUCCAAUACAAUCUCGGCCGCUCUUCUCGCCAAGAGCGAAAUGGACAAUCUAUACUCCAUUGAACUGGGAAAUGAGCCCAAUUUUUUCGUUAAUAGCGAUCCCAUUGCCAAUGGUGCGCCCUGGACAGCUGCAGCAGAUGAAGCAUCCCAAAUCAGCUGGCAAGAUGCAGUGUGCGGAAAUCUCUCCGCAACUGAUAUCAUCUCAGCGGGUGUCUACUUCGGCACUUCACCGAUGAGCAUCGCUAGCCUUGCCGCGAAAGAAGGUGAUGCGAAUGACUAUGUGAAGGAGUAUUGCUCUCACAACUAUCCUCAGUGGGCUGGAACUUACAACCUAGCCACUCUGAUGGGUCACAGCAAUAUUGCCAGCCAGGUCCAGCCUUUCGCUGCUGAGAUCUCUGCCGCUGCUGCCAAAGGCAAGCCGCAUGUCUUCGGCGAGACCAACUCCGCCACUCAAGGCGGUGGUGGUAUCAGCCCGACUUUCGGUUCUGCUCUGUGGAUUUUGGACUACGUGAUGCAGACCGUCCUCAUGGGCACAGAUGCCCUCUACUUCCACCAGGGUACCAUUGGAAACUGCCAAUACUGCUGGUGGGGCCGCUACAGCAUGGGCUCCCCUUACUUCGGUGCUUACUUCGCCACCAUGGCGCUCGCCAACGCCGAUCAGAUUGCGGCCCUAGAUAGCAAAGAUACAGCAUACGCAGCUUACGCUGUCUAUAAGGCUGGCACUCCUGUUCGGGUCCUUCUCUACAAUUCUGACUACUAUAUUUCCACCAGUGGAGCGCGCACGUCUCAGACAUACACCUUGUCUGGACUUUCGUCCUCCACCGUCACUGCUAAACGACUGACUGCGGCUUAUGCCACAUCUCGGGUCGAUCAGGGUCAGAGCCCGACCGUUGCAGGCCAGAAGUUUACCGAUGGCACUUGCACUAUUCAGGGUACAGAGACCGUGGAGACAGUCACUGUCUCUGGCGGGAAAGCAACCUUCACUGUUGCGGCUUCGGAAGCUCUUCUAGUUUACAUUUAA